ACAAUAACUACAAGGUUUUGAAACCUACACACUAAGUUUAACUCCAGCCUGUCAAAGAUUUCCAGCUAAGAAGGAUGAGAGACAGAUAAAGGUAGAUCACUAUUUUCAACCUACAAUGAAUUUGAGGAUCUAGGCCAAUGUCAUCAACAGCUGAUACCUUCUCCAAAAGGAAUCAUCUAGCCAUUAGUGUCUUGCAGUAACAGAAUGUGCCACCUGCUAUCUUAUUGACUAAGAAUUUAAUCUGAGUCCUGCCAUCAGUCUGCAGGAAAUACAGAAGACAGAGGAAUUUAUUUAAAGGUGCAUGAUGCAUUGGUGAAGUGUAGACAAAGGGAGACUCUCCUAGAGAAAACAACCCAGUUCUUCACAGGUGAACUUUAUGAAGAAAGAUGGAAAAGUAUAAGUGAGUCUCUGUAAAGCUGUGUGAUGACGGCGGUCAUGCAGGGGUGCAGUGUGGCGUCGGGGAAGCAGCUUGGAGUGGUCAACCCAUGAAAGCAUACGAGGAAGGAGCCACAGAACUGAGACUGAUGGUGGCACGAGAGGGUGGAGGGCAGCUGUGUGUAGGGAGACCCCGGGCCCUGCAGAGGGCCAGCAGAGGUGCAUUUGUUGAGCUGGGUUGUCGGCAUGGGGAUGGUCCCUCUGUGAUGCUGACGUCAGCUGCAUAGCUGUUCUGGGUGGUGUUGGGAGCACUUUUCCUUUACCAGACGUGAGCCUGCAAACAGCCAUGUAGAACCCAUGAGUGAAAUGGUGUGGUGUGAAGCUUUGUGGGGCGGGGAGGUGUUUCCACUGCAGCCCGAGAGGUUAAUCACGUAUUCGAAGUCCCAUCUUUCACAGCAUAACCUAGACGGGUUAUGGAUCUCCUAAGGGGGAUCGGGAUCAGGAAUCCUGGGAGAGCAGCGUUCCCUUGACCCCUGACCCCACGUUCCCGCCAACACGAGUGCAGGGGCGCGCGCCGCCGCCAGGGGGCGCAAAGGAGUGUGUGGCGGUGCCUGUGGCAGUGUCAAUGGCGUCCCUAGAGGGUCCCCGCGGGGGCUUCUUCCUGGGCCUCCUGCUGUGGCUCCAGCUGGCUCAGCCCGUGCUCAGUGGGGGUUACCGAAACAACGAUGCUUCUGGGGUGACCGUGCUGAGCCCAGAGCCCCCGGGACCCCUGGCACCACGAAAAUCCGUGAGGAUCCCGGAAGUCACUGCAGCUCCGGGGUCUCCAGCGCCGGCAGGGCCUGCGGGACCCCGGGUCAGGUCAGCACCCACAGGGCGACAGGACUUGGAGCAGGCUGGGACGUCUCCAGCUGUGGAGCUGUUUCCUCGAGUGCCCUCUCUACCGAGCCAAUCAGCGUGCGGCAAUAGAACUGUGAAGGUAGUUGGUGGAGUGCCAGCCCCCGAGAGAAAGUGGCCGUGGCAGGUGAGCCUGGAGGCUGAUAACAGGCACGUGUGCGGUGGCUCCCUCAUCUCCAGCCAGUGGGUCCUGACGGCAGCCCACUGCAUAUUUGGUGAAAGGGACUACAGAGUGAAGCUGGGAACACCGAAGGUGUUCUCUUCGGACCCAAAUGCUGUGGUGGUUCCUGUGAAAGACAUCGUCAUCCAUCAGGAGUACGAUAUUAUCUCUUUGACGCAUGACAUUGCACUUGCUGUGCUGGCCUACUCCGUGAAUUUCUCUUCGUACAUCCAGCCUGUGUGCUUAGCAGAGAAGCUGAUGGAAGUGAAAGCUGGGACCCGGUGCUGGGUCACGGGAUGGGGCCGAACAAUAGGAAUAAGGUCAUCACCGAAACCAGAUGACCUUCAAGAGCUGGAACAAGACAUCAUUCUCUAUGAUGACUGUGAUAAGAGAUUCAAGAAAGCUCUGGGACGCUUUCGAGUGUUCGUGCGAAAAGGGAUGAUCUGUGGCUACCUACACGAGGGCAAAAGUCCAUGCUGGGGUGAUUCUGGAGGCCCUCUGGUCUGUGAAUUCAACGAGACGUGGAUUCAGGUGGGGAUUGUGAGCUGGGGUGCUGACUGUGGUGCCACUCCCGUUCCUGCAGUUUACACGCAGGUUAGUGAGUACAGGGACUGGGUGGACACCAUCGUAAGUCAGGCUCUGUGCGUGCAUUCCGUGGGCAUCUGCCUAGUGCUCCUGGGCCUGGUGCUGCUGCUGGGCAUGCCGGUGACCCGGUGACCUCCUCUGCCCACUCCCUCCUGCUUCCCAGCCCCCACUUCCGUGUCCCCCAGCCCCCAGCAUCCUCCCCUUCCUUCUCGGUGUCCUUGCCUCAAGCUCAGGUCGGCAGCCGUGGGCUCUGUGGAGAUCACACAGCACCGUGUGCACGGACACCGGGUCCCGCCGGCUGCCUCUGCUGGUGACCUGGUGACCUGGUCUCCUGCGGGGCUGGGCUGCCCUGGCUGUGCUCUGCCUGCUGGGCAGGAAGGGGUGAAGUGAUGCUGCCGAGAAGACGGCUCCCCUGCCCGGUGGAGCCGCUGACCGCCUGCCGUCCUGGGGAGCGUCUGGCAUGAGCAGAGGCG